ACGAAUCCACAGCCGACCCUGCUAUACUGUAAACUUUUCUAACAACACAUUAAAAUAGUUUUCCUUAAAAAGCAGCAGCAGACAGUCCCGACUUGUGUGUGGGACACAGGAUGUUUCGGACAGCACCUGAAGGCACCAUGUUUGACACAUGCUCGAUGUAAACGUGAGGUGGGAGGGAGGCGGAGGGUUUGUUUGGUGACAGCAGCAGCGGCUUGUCACCGUGUACUGCCUCCUUGCCAGUUUUUGUCGGAAUAACUUCUCAUACAACUAAAUGAACCGGUUGCCUGGUUGUUUGCCUCAGACUGGUGUGGUUUUUUGCGUCAGAGCAGCAACAGAGAUGUAAAGCAAGUUGCACUACCGCAUCUUCCUCUUGUUAUGCUUCUGACAUUACUAGGAGCCAAGUGACAAAGGCACUGCAGAGGAAGAUGGAGGUCCACAGUGGCGUUCAGAAGCCGGAGCCCCAUCCUCUGGGAUCUCCUCCGUCAGGAGCCAAUCAGCAAAAUGAACUGGAUGAUGGGCAGAUGGAUGCCGGUGGCAGUCCCUCCUCUGAAAACCACAGUGAAGAUGUGCAGCCACCAAGCAAGCGAGAUGACAAAAAACCCAGUGCAGCUGUGAAAGGUUACCACAGCAGCAAGGCAGCUGCCAUGAGUCCAGGCCUUGGGUCCAGUUGGGCCACUGGUAGCAGUGCUAGUCAGGGGGCCUGGAGCAGCCCCUCCUUCGCCUGUGCAAGUCUGCAGCAUUACCUCUCCUAUCAACCACACCCACAUCACCGCCAUCAGUGCAUGCACACAAGCUACGCCAGCUGCCCAGUCCAUACAGCUCAGUCCUAUGCUCCACCCCCUCAUCCCAUGGCUCCUCCCAGCCCUAGCACCAACAGCUGCAGCCAGGGAGGGGCGGAGCAGCUGAGUAAGACCAACCUGUAUAUCCGAGGCCUGCCACCUGGGACCACCGACCAGGACCUCAUCAAACUCUGCCAACCGUAUGGCAAAAUAGUGUCAACCAAGGCCAUUCUGGAUAAGAACACCAACCAAUGCAAAGGCUACGGCUUUGUGGAUUUUGACAGCCCAGCUGCAGCACAGAAGGCCGUGUCAUCUCUCAAAGCCACUGGGGUGCAGGCCCAAAUGGCCAAGCAACAAGAACAAGACCCCACCAACCUGUACAUCUCCAACUUGCCAGUGUCUAUGGAUGAGCAAGAGCUGGAGAACAUGCUGAAGCCGCUGGGUCACGUCAUCUCCACAAGGAUACUGAGAGAUGCCAAUGGGGUCAGCAGAGGAGUUGGUUUUGCCAGGAUGGAGUCCACAGAGAAGUGUGAGGUAGUGAUACAGCAUUUCAAUGGAAAAUACCUGAAAACCCCGCCAGGCAUUCCAGCUCCCACAGAGCCAUUGCUGUGCAAAUUUGCAGACGGGGGCCAGAAGAAACGUCAGAGUCAGAGCAAGUACCCUCAGAAUGGGAGGCCGUGGCACAGAGAAGGCGAGACUGGCAUGGCGUUAACAUAUGAUCCCACUGCAAUGCAGAAUGGGUUCUAUUCCUCGCCUUACAGCAUUGCCACCAACCGCAUGAUCGCACAGACCUCCAUCACGCCCUUCAUCGCUGCUUCCCCCGUUUCCACAUAUCAGGUCCAGAGUACAUCAUGGAUGCCUCAUCAACAAUAUGUUAUGCAACCUACAGGUGCAGUGAUCACGCCAGCCAUGGACCACACUAUGUCCAUGCAGCCUGCCAGCAUGAUGGGCCCUCUCACCCAGCAGAUGAACCAUCUGUCCCUGGGCACUACAGGAAGUUACAUGACUGCUGCAGCCGCCGCGGCGCCUAUGCAAGGGACCUACAUUCCCCAGUACACUCCUGUGCCUCCAACAGCCGUCCCUGUCGAAGGAGUGGUGACGGACGCCUCCCCCCAGACAGUGGCUCCCUCGUCACAGGAGGUGGCUGGCCAGCAGCAACAGAUCCAGGUGGGCAGCGCUGCCGACCACGUGUCUGCUUACUCAUACCAGUCCAAAUAGCAAAGGCCUGAGCGAAUGUUCCUGUGACAGUGUUGCCUUGAGACAGAAGGUUGCUGCACUGUGAAUGUGAGGAAAGAGAAAAAAAGAAAUUGCUUCCAGAUUGCCCAGGCACCAAAAACGAGACACUUUUUUCAUUUCCUACCUGGCCUACAACAAAAAAAAAGAAAAAGGCAAGAAGGCGGCAAAGAGUGCUGAGGAAGGGGAUGGGGAAAUUGCUGGACACAGUGCAAAGAAAUGAAAUUGUUUAGUCUGGGAACCUGCCUGAAGGGCUGGGAUGAAGCUUGAAAAGUUUCUCAAAGAAAAUAACCAAUUAAAAAAAAAGAAAAAAGAAAAAUACAAAUAAAAAAAUAAGGUUGAAUGUGCAGGUAGGUGAUGAAAUUUAUUUUGUAAUUAGAAAAGAGGAGUCAAGUUUGAGAUACACACAGAGAUUGUCUUCCUCAGAUAUUAAGCUACAGUUUCUUUUCACUCUUUUUUAUGUUCUAGUGUUAAAUUUUAGUUUUCUAGAUAUAUUUGAAAACAAAGUGUUUUUUCUUUCUUGAAUCUUCAUGGCCUUAAUUUGAAAGGCGCCAGAAACCUUUUACAGAGUUAAACUCUGACGUCUAGUAGGAAGAAAAACAAACAGAAUCAGUUUCUUGGACCACUCGGAGGGUACAAGACUCUGGGCGAGUUGUACUAAAGAGGAAAAAAAGAAUCUAUCACAUAAGCUGUACAGAUUUAAUAGAGAAAAGCUUUUUUCUUUUCUUCGUUAGAAGAAAACUUUGAUAAUUAUUAUGUCAGAGGUAACUAAGUGUCCGAAGAAAACAAAAAGACUCAUGGGCGGGGUGAAAAGAAGCUAUGAAGAGAUUUUUCACAGUGAGGAAAAAAGAAAAACAUAAGAAAACACACUGCAUUGUGAAUGCAGUCUGUUGCAAAUGCUGAACUUGUUUUUUAUUAUCAUAAUUAUUAUUUUACAUGGCAAAGUUGCUGUCACUGACAUUAGUGCUUUUUAUCUGCCACAUUUUACCUUUUUUAUGAGCUUUAAGAUGUUUUUAGCCCGCUUUGCUUGUCACACUGCAAAAAGAAAAAAGCAAGAAGAAAAAAAAAUUAUAAAACAAACAAAAAAGAAAAAAAAAUCUGGCAGUGAAAUAAAAACAGCAGAUUCAGUAGGAGCUUACAGUUUAAACCAAUCAGUGCAAAAGCAAUAGAAGAAAUUGUUGACAAUUUCUGUAGUCUUUCCUAGUUGUGGAUCAAAUGCAGCCCGUGGAUGGCCAUUUUUAUACCAAAGAUGAAGAGACACUCUGAACCAGAGUUUUGUUUUGUUUUUCCUUUUCAUUUUUUCAGUUUGAUUUUUGUUGUUAUUGAUGUUGAUGUUGUUCUUGAUGUUAUUGUUGUUGUUGUUGCUGUUGCUGUUGUCGUUGUUUUUUUUUUUAAUUUGACCUUGAUGGCCGGACCAGUCCUUACUAUCCUUCUUAACGUCUUCUUUUCACCGGGUUUAAGCUAAAUUGCCACGGUUGCCCACGCUGUCACACACACACAGACACACACACACACACACACACACACAUCUAACCAUGCACACACUUACAAACUCCUAUACACAUACAUCAAACAGUAUGUAAAUGUUUAAUGCAACCAGUGGCGCUUGUAACAAAAGUCCUUUUUCUUUAACUCCUCUUCUUGUCUUUUCGUUUCUUUAUCUGUCUCAUCACUUUUAUGAUGCUUUCGCACAGUGUGGAUUCCACUUCACUCCCUCUCUUUGUCUCUCUUCAGAUCAUGCAGAGAAAACUUUAGGAAACAGUUGGGGAAUGUUGCUUGCUACGCUCUGUGGUCAUUGCUUAUUGAAUUUCUGUCCUCAAUCUCUGUAUCUUUUUGAUUCAGCCAUAACUAAAUCAGUCAUUUCUCAGCAUACUGAGCUUCAUUGUUGAACUGAGAUUCCCCCUGCUGCUGUUUGACCUCAUUUUAAUCUGUUGUCUAGAUGCCACCAAACCUGGGUCACUUUUUUUUUUGUUGAGUAUUUAUCUGUGCAGAUUAGCAGAUGGGUGGGGUUUGCUGCCUGUUCUGUAACUGACUUUAAAGUCUUUAGCAAUGAUUGCAUAAACUUUAUACCACUUGCUAACUAUCUGGCAGUCAGAGCAUCUUAAA